AAUUAUAUUGGUAAAUUUUUGAUAUUUUACCGAUUUUCUCGUCUCCAUUUUAAAAGAACAAUGUGCAGCGCGGCAAAAACAUUAUUGGCUCUAACGUGAGCACAUGCGCAGCUCCUUAUAUCUGUGACUAUCUCGUGUCUUCGACACACGCUAUUAUAAUUAGACAUGGUGUAAAUAUAUGUAAUAUUCGACGCGUCGUAAAUUACAUUUACGACGCGUAAUUUAUACGUACCCACCACUGGCCCCAGGGAGACUGAUCGACCCCAAAGGAUCUGCAAACUCAUAUAUAUUAGUCGGCAAAACAAAGAAAAGCAGCCUCGUGUUCCCUCUGUUGUACGCCUAUACGCUGCGAAAUGAUACAGAUCACGCCUGGACUGUUUUAAUAAAGGUAUAAGUACGGCGCUUAUUUUUCAACAAAGAAAAUGUUUUCAAAGUGCACGAAAAAUAUGACAUAGCUUGGAAUUGUAGCAUUUUAUUGAAUAUAAAUGGAUAAGGGGAUGAUAAUUUAGGAAGGAAGAACUAUUAACGACAAUAAUGUUUGCACAAGUGAAAUUAAUGAUAUCAGGGAAAUUCGCGGAAUUUCAUAAAAAAUUAGGCACUAAUGAAGAUCUUGAGUUUCGAGUGAGAACAGCAGUGAAAGCAUUAGAAGAUGUUUUACCUUUGGACGUUCAGUGCGAAUGUAAAGAUUCUCAAGUGUCUAGCAAUUUACGAAAGGAAGCAGAUCGGUUAUUCUUUGAAGAAAAGGGAAACCUUGUAAGCCUUUUACAGGCCUGGGAAUUCUACUCAAAGAGUAUAGCACUUGCUGAGAGCAGUUCUCGAGAGUUACCAUUAGCCUAUGCAAAUAGAUCAGCAAUUUUAUACAAUCUAAAGAAAUAUGAACAAUGUGUCAGGGACAUUAAUCGAGCACUUGAACUUAAUUACCCUGAUACGCUGAAAGCAAAUUUACUACGAAGAAAGGCUAAGUGUCUUAAAUUACUAGGAAAACCAGAGGCUGAGGAUGCUUGUGAAGAAGCAAAACGUUGGCUGCAAAACAUAAAAUUAAACGAUAAGAAUAAAGAGCAACUUGAACAAAAAAUACAGACUGCAACACAGAUCACAGAACUGCCAAAAGUGGAAGACAUCAGUUCAAAGAAAUCUUUGCUAAAGUUUAAAAGACAUGAGAGGAUUUCUUGUGCUUCAGAUGCCAUAGAUCUGAAAUACGACGAAGCAAAUGGUAGACAUACUGUAGCAAAUCGUGAUAUAAAUGUUGGUGAAAUUCUUGUUUUUGAAAAACCUUAUGCUUUACUGCUAAAACCAGAACGCAUUUACACCCAUUGUUCACAUUGUUUUAUAAGAGCUUGGGAUAGUAUCCCUUGCCCAAAUUGUAUACAUGCCAUGUAUUGCUCUACCAAGUGCAGAGAUAAAGCUUGGGAACAAUAUCAUGAUAUUGAAUGCCCUAUUAAAGGCUACUUUUUAAGCUUAACAAUGAAUGAUCUAGCACCGUUUAGUUUAAAGUUAGCUGUAUUAGCUGUAAGAGAAGCUGGUGGUAUCGAUAAGCUCCGCCAACAACUAAAAGAAGUUGAUAGUUGUACAGAUCCAUUAACUAAGGGUUUUUCAGAAGAAAAUAUCUAUCGUAGUGACAUAUACAAACCACUGUAUUGCCUUGCAUCACAUGAAGAUAAACGAUGGCUGCCGGAAGUUGUCUCUAUGACCAUGAAUGUAGCUGUGAUUUUAUACUUUGUGUUCACAUUGACUUCAUUUUUUGGAGAAACAACAAGUAAAAGUCUUGAAGCUUUAUCAGAUAAUGAAGAUGCUAUUUUUAUUGGUAAACUUAUAGCUCACCAUUACAUGAUUAUCCAAGUGAAUGACCAUGAGAUGAAUGAAAUUGACGACAAUGGCUGCAAUCAUAGUCUUGGUGCUGUUGUUUUUCCAUUCAGUAGUCUUCUUAAUCAUAGCUGCAAUCCAAAUGCAACAAGGAUUCCCGUGAUUGGAGAAGAUAAUAGUAUACAACAAAUUAUAAUAGCUCAACAUCCUAUAAAAAAAGGAUCUCAGAUUUAUGAUGAUUAUGGAUUUGAUUUUGCUAUGGAAAAUGCGAGUAUUGAAAAAAGAAAGGAGCUCUGUAAUAAGUAUUAUUUUACAUGUGAGUGUUUGGCUUGUAAAGAAAAUUGGCCUAAAUUGAACGAUUUACCAAGCAUAUUUUCAUUUUCUUUGGGCAAAGAAAGAAAAACUGAGGUAAAAAAAGCAGUUAAUAAAACUUGGAAGUAUGGAAAAAGCAUUUCAUCUGCAGAUGUUAAUAGAUUAGAUGCAGAAAGUAAGGAUGUUUUGAAAACUUUAGCACAGGCAGUUACAAUUUUGUACAAAUGUUCAUCACAACCAUCAAAGGAAUUCUACCAGUCAGUUAUAUUGUUUAGACAGGCUUUCUUAUUAAUUCACGGAAAUCGAUUCCGGCUCAAGGUUCUAGAAAUCCAAAAAAGUAAAAUCUACAGUCGAAAGAUGUUACCACCAGAUCAAAUCUUGUCAAUAUUGAAAUUAGACGGCUUAGUAGAAGACAUAAAAAAUAAAAAUGACUGUAAACAGAGAGUGCAAAUAACACUGCAAGCGAUAGAAAAAAUGUUACCUUUGGAUGUGAAAUGUGAACAAAAAGAUUCUAAAGAAUCAAAGGCAUUAAGAAAUGAAGCAGAUACCUUUUUUGUCAAACGAAAAGGUGAUAAUAAGGCCUUGUUUAAAGCUUUGCAAAUGUACACUAAAAGCAUAGCCUUAGCAGAAAAUUCAUCAACUGAAUUAGCUCAGGCAUAUGCUAACAGAUCAGCUAUUUUAUUUAAUUCGGAUAAAUUGGAAGAAUGCAUUAGAGACAUCGACAGAGCCUUAGAGCUUAGUUAUCCAGAUCACUUAAAGGCAAAUUUGCUACGACGAAAAGCUAAAUGUCUAAAACUCUUGGAUAAGACAGAUUUUGAUAAAGUAUGUGAAGAAGCAAGACAAUGGCUUGAAAAUAUGACUGUGAGUGACGAGAAAAAAGAGAAGUUAGAAUCUAAAAUUGUUUACAUAAAUAAAGAACUGGGAACUAAAUCGCAAUUGGAACAAAAUGAAGAUUUACAAAAAAUAACUCUACCAGAAAUAAUACGUAAUGAAAUAAUUCCCUCAGCCUCGGAUGCUAUUAGUAUUAAAUAUACUAACGUUUUUGGUAGACACUUGGUUGCAAGUAGAGACAUAGAUGUUGGAGAAAUUCUUGUUAUUGAGAAACCAUAUGCAUCUGUUUUAAGUUCUCCAAACAUAUAUACUCAUUGUUCACAAUGCUUUAAAAGAACAUGGGACAGUAUUCCUUGUGAUAAAUGCAUAUAUGCAAUGUAUUGCUCUGAAAAAUGCAGAAGCGAGGCUUGGCAGCAGUAUCAUGACAUUGAAUGUUCUAUCAAGGGAUAUUUAAUUGGCCUACGAAUGAAUGACUUGUCAGGAUUAAGUUUAAAACUUGCCAUAUUAGCUGUUAGGGAGAGUGGAAGUAUUAGAAAAUUAAGAAAAAAAAUAAGAAAAAUUGAUGAUUGUGAAGAUUACCUAAUGAAGAGUAUUUCAGAGGAUGGAACUUAUCACAGUGAUGAAUAUAGACCUUUUUACAGUCUUGUCACUCAUGAACAAAAUCGAAAAAGAUAUGACCUUUUAGCAUUGUCAUUGAAUACUGCAAUAACUUUAUAUUAUUUAUUUUCGUUUACAUCUUUUCUUGGGGACAAUACCAUGAAAGAUCUAUCUGCUCUUUAUGAAAAUGAAGAUGCUAUGUUUUUAGGAAAGCUAAUUGCAAAACACCACAUGCAACUAGAAUUAAAUGAUCAUCAGUUCAACGAAGUUUAUAAUGGAGAAAACAUCAAAAUUGGGUCUGUUAUUGGUUCUGUUACGAGUCUCCUUAAUCACAGUUGCAAUCCAAAUGUGGGCAGAUGCUCUCGUUUACGAGAUAGUGUUCUGCAACAAGUUAUCAUUGCUUUACACCCUAUAAAAGAGGGUUCACAGAUAUUGGAUGACUAUGGUUGUAAUUUUGCUUUUACGCUAAAAUCUGAAAGAGACAAAUACAUAGAAAGGUUUUUUUUUAAAUGCAAUUGCAUAGCUUGCCAAGACACUUGGCCUUUAUUUGAAGAUCUACCUUCCAUACUAUCGAUCAUAACAGAUAAAGAAAAGAAAGUUGAGGUUGCAAGAGCAAUUAUAAGAAGUAAAAAACAUCAUAACACUAUCACUGAAUUACGUGUAAAUAAACAUCCAGGUGAUAAAGAGACAAUUUUAUCCAACUUAAUUAAUUCUAUUAAAAUAGUUUUUGAGGCUACAUCAAAACCAAAUAAAGAAUACAUUGAAUUAAUACAGCUAUUUUGUCAAGCAUUUGUUCUUAUCCAUGGGAAUUUUUUUGAACUUCAUUAAUUUAAAUAUUACUAACUGUACGACAUUUAUUUUAUCGCACUUGAAUGUGGUUGUAACUAUAAAAGAUGUAUGACAAUCACUUGAAAAUAGUAUAUCUUUUAUUUAUAAAUUAUACUUGGUUUAUUACUACAUACAUAAAUUGUCAAUAAUUUAUCUUUCAUAAAGAAAAAUGUAAACGUUAGAUUAACUGUAACGUUUAAUAUGUAUUUUUUAGAACUAUUUAUGUUGUGCAAUACCAAUAUUUGUAUGUACAAGUUUGAUCAUACAUUCAUGAAACACAACGUUUUUAAAACUAGAAAAUAUAAAAACUAUAAGCAUAAUUUUUUCAUUCUUAUAAACAAUUUCACAGUCAAUUGCACAUUGCACCUAUAUUAAUAAAUAUCAAUUUGGUCAUUGGAUGCGCAUUCAAAAUCACUUAUAUGGAUAAAGUUAAAUGAUAAAAAUACUUAUUAAGCUAUAUUAUUUUAUAAGCUAUAAUAUUUACAUAUGCGAGUAAAAUGUACAAAGAUGCGAAUCAGAACAGAUAGUGAAACAACAUGUGACUUAUUUAAAAAUAACUCAAUAAGCUAUAUAAAAACAAUUUCAUGCAGAAAUUUUGAAAAAAAGAAAUAAAAAAUACAAUCUAUAAGUAUAAUCUAUAUGUAUUUAUUAUAUUUCUAAUACAUCGUUAAAAAUAAAAUGAGCUCCAAUCACGAU